AUGGCCAGCACCCAGACCAUCCUCCAGGGCGUCAACGUCUUGGGCCCCAUCCAGGACUCGCAGCGCAAGAUCCUCACGCCGGAGGCGCUUGCCUUCCUGGCCCUCCUGCAGCGCUCGUUCAACGGCACGCGCAAGGCUCUCCUGGAGCGCCGCAAGAUCCGCCAGGCGGAGCUCGACCGCGGCGCCCUGCCCGAUUUCCUGCCAGAGACGAAGCACAUCCGCGACGACCCGACAUGGAAGGGCGCGCCGCCUGCUCCUGGUCUUGUGGACCGCCGUGUUGAGAUCACGGGGCCUACGGAUCGCAAGAUGGUUGUUAAUGCGCUGAAUGCCAAUGUGUGGACGUACAUGGCUGAUUUUGAGGACUCGAGCGCCCCGACGUGGGACAACAUGGUGAACGGCCAGGUAAACCUGUACGAUGCCGUCCGCCGCCAGGUUGACUUCAAGCAAGGGCCCAAGGAGUACAAGCUCCGGACCGACAGGACGCUGCCCACGCUCAUUGUGCGGCCGCGUGGCUGGCAUCUCGAGGAGAAGCACGUCACAGUCGAUGGCGAGCCCAUGAGCGGGUCUCUCUUUGACUUUGGCCUGUACUUCUUCCACAACGCCGCCGAGGCCGUCAAGCGCGGCUCCGGUCCUUACUUCUACCUGCCCAAGAUGGAGUCUCACCUCGAGGCCCGCCUGUGGAACGACGCCUUCAACCUGGCCCAGGACUACAUUGGCAUGCGGCGCGGUACCAUCCGCGGCACCGUGCUGAUCGAGACGAUCCUGGCGGCGUUUGAGAUGGACGAGAUCAUCUACGAGCUGCGCGACCACAGCUCGGGUCUCAACUGCGGCCGCUGGGAUUACAUUUUCAGUGUCAUCAAGAAGUUCCGUCAGAACUCCAACUUUGUGCUGCCCGACCGCAGCGCCGUCACCAUGACUGUCCCGUUCAUGGAUGCCUAUGUCAAGCUCCUCAUCCAGACCUGCCACAAGCGCGGGGUCCACGCGAUGGGCGGCAUGGCAGCCCAAAUCCCCAUCAAGGACGACCCGGCAGCAAACGAGAAGGCCAUGGAGGGCGUUCGGGCGGACAAGCUGCGCGAGGUGCGCGCAGGCCACGACGGCACCUGGGUUGCGCACCCGGCGCUGGCGGCGAUCGCGACGGACAUCUUCAACAAGCACAUGCCCACGCCCAACCAGCUCUUUGUGCGGCGCGAGGACGUCAGCAUCGGUGCCAACGACCUGCUUAACAUGAACGUGCCGGGCAAGAUUACCGAGGAAGGUAUUCGCAAGAACCUCAACAUUGGCCUUGGGUACAUGGAGGCCUGGGUUCGCGGCGUCGGUUGCGUGCCCAUCAACUACCUCAUGGAGGAUGCCGCCACCGCUGAAGUCUCGCGCAGUCAGCUCUGGCAAUGGGUGCGCCACGGCGUGACCACGGCCGAGGGCAAGCGUGUCGACAAGGGCUACGCGCUGAAGCUGCUCAAGGAGCAGGCGCAGGAGCUGGCGUCCAAGGCCCCCAAGAGCAACAAGUACCAUCUGGCUGCGCAGUACUUUGCGGGCCAGGUCACUGGGGAGGACUAUGCUGACUUUUUGACCUCGCUGCUGUACAACGAGAUUACGUCUCAGGAGACGCCAAAGCCGGCCGCUAAGCUCUAA